AUGGGGCAUCCAUGUACAGUCUAUCCCAGCAGGGUGGCCCUGGGAAAAGGAAGAAGGAUGAAGGUUUUCAUGGGGAAGACGAAGCACAGGCAUCCCUCAGCGACCAAGAAGAGCAGGCACUCGCAGCGGUGCGGGUCCGGGUUGUGCUGCAGCUCCUGCCGGCUCAGCGUCUCCUCUUCCUCCUCCGAGGGCGUCAACACCUCCGACGACUCCGAGCAACUCCACUCCUUGUCCAACCUCGCGCAUGGCAUGGUGCAGGCCAGACUGCAGCAGAUGAUCAACCAGUGGGAGCCUCCUCGCAGAAGAAGGCAUAUGGUUGGCGAAAGAAGUAGCGGUGGCUGCGUCGUCUUGAUAGCCAUGGAUAAGAGGUCUUAUGACCCCAAGGGAGAUUUCAAGAUGUCCAUACAGGAGGUCAUCAAGUCCAAGAGGAUGGAGGAGCCAAGAGAGCUGCGGAGCCUCUUGAACUGCUACAUGUCAGUGAACUCCCCAGAGCAUCGCCAGGUUAUUCUUGAAGCCUUCCACGAGGUGUGCUGCACACUCUUUCACUGUAGUAGGGAGUACUAG